UGAUUUCUGUACUGAUUUAUGUGUCGAUUUUCUUCGAUUAUAGCAGGGUUUGCAACUUCUAACUUCAAUUAUUUACAAAACCCACGAUGUUUCUAGAAUAAACAGGAGAUAAGAUAUACAAAAAUUCACUACCUUUAUUCUUUCUCUUUGUGCCCACCAAGUGUUCGAUGAAAUGCCCAAACGACAUUUGAAGAGUUUGUGUGUUGUAUUGUUCUCGAAUUAUGUUCGUGUAUGAGUUCCAGUUUGAUUUCUCCUGAGUUGGGAACCACUUCAUUCUUAUGUAAACCAAGAUUUUUACCUCCCAAAGUUGGCAUUUUGAGAUACAAUUCGUGUCCGGACCGCGAGUUCUUUGAUUCAUUAAAGUUUAGUGGCAGGAAAUGUAGGCAAUCCUUAGUUAUUCGGUGCAGUGAUAACCCUCAGAAUGUUGAUUUGCCGCGUUAUUAUUCCAAGAAAGAAAAGAAGCCGUUUCCGGUACCCAUCGUGGAGCUUCGGCGUGCCGCUAGAGAGAGGAUGAAGAGUAGAAAAGGUCAACCUAAAAGACCCGCUCCUCCUCCGAAGAACGGGUUACUGGUUCAAAGGAUGAUCCCUCUUGCGUACGCUGUGUUGAAUGCACGAACAAUGCUGAUUAACAAUCUCAAAAAGCUCUUAAAAGUAGUUCCUGUACAAGCCUGCAAGUAUUGUAAUGAAAUUCAUGUCGGGCCUGUGGGCCAUCCAUUUAGAUCAUGUCAAGGCACAAACUCUUCAAUCCGGAAGGGAAAACAUGAGUGGGUUGAUGCGGUUGUAGAGGACGUAAUAGUUCAAAUCGAAGCCUAUCAUCUAUACGAUCGUUUAGGAAAACGUAUCCCACACGAAGAAAGAUUUUCCGUCCCUCGAAUCCCCGCACUAAUGGAGCUAUGCAUCCAAGCAGGAGUCGAUAUACCCGAAUACCCCACAAAACGAAGACGAAAACCCAUAAUCCGAAUCAAUAAAAGCGAGUUCAUCGACGCAGACGAAAGUGAAUUGCCAGAUUUACCCCCACAAGAUCCAAAACCCGUGUUACUGACCGAAAUACCCGAUCUGGAGAUCAUUCCUCCAUCUAAUAAAGAUGAAAUGGUUUUACUUGCGGAACAAACGCUUCAAGUAUGGGAGAAAAUGAGAACCGGGGCGAAUAGGUUAAUGAAGAUGUACCCUGUGAGAGUUUGCGGGUACUGCCCGGAGAUCCAUGUGGGUCCCUCAGGCCAUAAAGCGCAGAACUGUGGUGCGUUUAAGCAUCAGCAGCGGAACGGGCAGCAUGGGUGGCAGUCGGCAGUUCUUGAUGAUUUGAUACCACCAAGGUAUGUGUGGCAUGUUCCUAAUCUGGACGAACCGAUGUUGCAGAAGGAGCUGAGGAAUUUUUAUGGUCAGGCGCCUGCGGUGGUGGAGAUCUGCGUGCAGGGUGGUGCCGCAGUGCCGGAACAGUACAAGCCCACAAUGCGGUUAGAUGUUGGAAUUCCGAGUAGUGUUAGUGAAGCGGAAAUGGUGGUCUGAAUGUAUCACUCUUUCGGUUUACUUCGUUGUGUUAAAAAUUUCUGCCAUAUAUUUUUUUUUUAACGGCCAACGGAAUCAAUCCAAUAUUUCUGCCAUAUUAAAUAUAAUAUCCAAUGUUUCCAUA